AACCGAUCGAUCGUGUCUAGACAGCCAGCUAGCUCCUUCUUCCAUCGACGUGAUUCAGACCAGGAUUCAGGAAGCAAAUUAAGUUCCAACUUUCACCCAGCAGCCACCAUGGUCGCCGCCAUGCAAUCCCUCUUCGACCCGACCGCGCUCUCCCUCUCCCUCGGCCUCCCCGCCGCGCCGGCGCUCAACAAGGACGACUACCUCGCCAUCUGCCUCGCCGCGCUCGCCCGUACCGGCACCGGCACCGGCCAAGCACAGCAGCAGGUGGAGGCCGCCGGCAAGUGGUGCCCGCGCCCCGCGCCGGCGGAGGACCUCCGCUUCCGCUGCGCGGUCUGCGGCAAGGCCUUCGCCUCCUACCAGGCGCUCGGCGGUCACAAGUCUAGCCACCGCAAGCCACCACCCACCGGGGUAGACCACUACGCCGCCGCUGCGGCCGUCUCCGCGCACGCGUCCGCCUCGGAGGACACGGCGGCGUCGUCCGGCGGGAGCACCAGUGGCCCGCACCGUUGCACCAUCUGCAGGAGGGGCUUCGCCACGGGGCAGGCGCUCGGCGGCCACAAGCGCUGCCACUACUGGGACGGCACCUCCGUGUCCAUGUCCAUGUCCGUUUCACUGUCCGCCUCCGCCUCGGGGUCGUCGGCCGUCAGGAACUUCGACCUCAACCUUCUGCCGGUGCCGGAGAGCGCCGGGAUGAAGAGGUGGACGGAGGAGGAGGAGGUGCAGAGCCCGCUGCCGCCCAAGAAGCUUCGGAUGUCUAAUUAGGAUCGUCU